AUGGCUAAGAUUAGGCAAUUUGGUAGUGUUCGUCACACUGGCGAAUCGGGUGAUGGCGAGGAGAGAGUUGUCGAAAGUGUAAGACAACAUGUCAGAGAUGAUGAUCGAGCUGUGGAACAGAAUGAUGAUUGUGAGGUUGUUGAAGACGAGGCUGAAGCUGGUUUUGAGGAUGAGGCUGAUGAGAAUGGAAUAGGUGUCCAAGAAGAAAUUGUCGGAGACUUACGAGACCAGUUCGGAGAUGUUGUCCAAGAUGAGAUGGAUGAUUAUGAUGGGGACAGUGGAGAUGACAUUUGGAAUGAUGAUACUAUUCCUGAUCCAUUGUCGUCUGAUGAUGAUGAAGAAGAGUUGGAGCGUAGGGAAGAGGUUGCAAAUACACAAGGCUGUGAAGAGCUUUUGUAUUUGGGAAAGAUGUAUGGUUGUGCAUCUGACUUCAAAGUGGCUCUCCUAAGGUAUUCACUAAAAACAAGGUACGACAUCAAACUGUACAAAUCAUGUGCUAUGCAACUUGGUGCAAAGUGCUCUGAUGCAGAGUCUAAAUGUCCUUGGAGAAUAUAUUGCUCGUAUGAAAGGAGAAGACAUAAGAUGCAGAUUAAAGUUUAUGUGAAUGAGCAUACAUGCUUAAGAUCAGGAUACUCGAAGAUGUUGAAGACAUCUUCAAUUGCUAUGUUGUUUGAAGAAAGGCUAAGACUGAAUCCGAAGCUCACAAGGACUGAGAUGGCUGAUGAGAUAAAGAGAGAAUAUAAUCUAAUUGUCACAGAGGAACAAUGUGGUAAAGCUAAGUCUAAACUUUAUAGACAAAGAAAAGCAAGCCAUGAAGCUCAUUUUUCUCGUAUUUGGGACUACCAAGCAGAGAUUCUUCGCACAAAUCCUUACUCGACCAUGGAGAUUGAAACUGUCCCAGGAGCAGUUUUACAGAGCAAACAGAGGUUUGACCGUCUAUACAUGUGUUUCGCAGCUCAGAGAGAGACUUGGAUUGAAACAUGUAGGCCAAUCAUAGGUUUAGAUGGGGCUUUCCUGAAAUGGGAUAUCAAAGGACAGUUGUUGGCUGCGAUAGGACGAGAUGGUGACAAUAGGAUUGUUCCAAUAGCUUGGGCUGUGGUGGAAGUGGAGAACAACAUCAAUUGGGAGUGGUUUGUUAAACACUUGAAGGGAGACCUUGGACUACAAUAUGGGGCUAGAUUCACCAUCAUAUCAGACAAACAAAAGGGUUUGGUGAAUGCUGUUAAAAAUGAACUACCUGAAGCUGAACAUUCACACUGUUACACUAAAGGAGAGUAUGAAGAUGCUUUAGAAGCACUUAAGAAGUACAACAAAGGUGCGCAUGACACUCUUCUUCUCCAAAAUCCUCCAACAUGGUCUAGAGCAUUCUUUAGACAAGGAUCAUGCUGCAAUGACAACUUGAACAAUCUCUGUGAGUCAUUCAAUAAAACCAUAAGAGAAGCAAGGAAAAAAUCACUACUCGACAUGUUAGAGGAUAUUAGGAGGCAGUGUAUGGUUCGUAAUGCGAAGAGGGCUAUUAUUGCUAGUAGACUGAAGACUAAGUUUACUAAGAGGGCACAUACUGAGAUUGAACUGACAAAGGAGAAGGCAAAAGAUUGCAGAAGGUACUUAGCGUGUGGAAAUUUCCAUGAGAUUGAUCAUCAUAGUGUUACAUAUAGUGUGGACAUGAACUUGCGAACAUGCGGCUGUAUGAAAUGGCAGGUGACAGGAAUUCCUUGUAUACAUGCUGCAUGUGUCAUAAUUGCAAAGAAGAAUAGGUUUGAUGAUUAUGUGGUUGAUUACUACACAACAAUAAAGUGGCGGCAAACAUAUAGUCGAGGAAUCAAACCUGUCCAAGGCAUGAAGUUAUGGCCUAGAUUAGGUAGGAUAGGAGUUCUGCCACCACCAUUUAGGGUAGGAAAUCGUGGAAGACCAAGUAAUCAUAAUAGGAAGAAAGGUCUUAAUGAAUCUUCAUCUUUGUCCAACAAGAACAAGUUAAGCAGGGACAAACGUAUCAUGACUUGCUCUAACUGUCGAGAAGAAGGUCAUAACAUACAAACUUGUGCUAAUGAGAGGGUCGAGAAUGCGCCCAAAAGACCAAGAGGUCGACCAAGAAAAGAAAUUUCGGUAUGA